UUAUAAUUUUUGUAGUUUAAAAAAUCUUUGACAAGCUUGAAAGGCAACUAAAAAUACCUACAAAGCAUAAAUAAACAUAAUUAAAUAGGGGAAAAAUAACUAAGGCAGCGCUUCGAGAUGAAACAAUCAAAGAUUCUGAACAUUCCGGAAGCACGAUUUCUGAUCUACGGCCUAACAGUACCGAUAAUUUGCCAGAAUUAAACCCUGAUUCACCAAAGUCUCAAUGCUUCUCUGAUACUGAAGAGGAAAAAGAUUGGGACGAGACUACAAAAAGUUUCAAUGAUAGCGAUGAUAUUUUAAAAUCCAAUUUCAGUGAAUAUAAUGGCGUAGAAACAAAUCGCCUUCAGUUUUCAUGUCCAUAUUGUCCAAGGCAAUUUAAACACAAACGCUCAAGAGAUCGUCAUAUUAAGCUACAUACGGGCGACAAAAAGUAUAAAUGCAUACAAUGUGAAUCAGCUUUUGCUAGAAGCGAUCAUUUGAAAAUUCAUACGAGAACUCAUGAAGUCAAAAAACAAUAUAAAUGUCAGAUAUGUAAUAAGGGAUAUAACACAGUAAGCGCUUUUAUUUUCCAUGAAAAAAGCCAUAAACAUGAUGGUAUGAAAAGUAAUUGUUCGGAUAUUUAUUCGAAAAUCUUAUCGGGAUCUGAAGAAAGUGAGAAUUCUGAAAUAAUGCAGAAACCCUCCAUGGUAUGGCAGAAUCUACAAGAAAUUGAUAGUGACGAUAAUGCUGAAAUUAAAACUAUUUGCGUCUUCUGUUUCCAAUUGUUCUCUAGCACAGAAAUGAUGAAUGAACACAUUCAAACUUGUCACAAGACUUUGGGAGAAAAACAGAAAUUUGAUUUUAAAAAUGACUCACCUACUCAAGAAAUAUUUUCUGAAACAGAAACCCAAAUCGAAAAGAAGAAAGCAAAUGAGAGAAAACGCCUCAAAGAAAAUAGUUCAGAAAAAGAGAAGCACCACUACAUACCCUCUCUAAAUUCUCAAGAAACUUUUAUCUGUUCUUGUUGUUACGAACGUUUGCCAAAUUUCAAAAGCUUUCUAAUUCAUAUGGAAACUCAUGUUGCUUCACUUAAAACUAAGACUGGUAAUCAUUGUGACGAAGAUACGAGAGAAAAUUUUAUGCUACCUUUAAAUAAUUAUUUAUGUUGCUGUCAUUGUAAUAAGUUUUUUGAAGAUUCUGAAAAGUUGCAAGAACAUUUGGUAGAACAUCAUGUGAUGACUUUCUAUAAGUGCUCAUUAUGUGAACAAACUUUUGAAGAUUUCCUUAUUAUGAAGGCUCACUUAAUAAAAAAUCACGCAAGCAAUCGUGAACAUUUUGAAUGCAGCAAUUGCGCUGAAGGACCUAAACUUUUUCACGAUAGAAUUUCUGCUGAGCUACAUCUUUCCAAACAUCAUUCUAUAAAUAAAACUGUAGAUAAUUGGCAGGAGGGGCCAAGAAUUUCAUUGGAGGGAAAUGGGGCGUCCAUAAGAGAUGAAUAUUUGAAUAAUUACGUCAAAAACUCUUCAGUCGUGCCAACAGCAACAAAUUAUCGUUGUGCCUACUGCAAGGAAUACCGUGCAUCAAAAAACGACUUACAACUUCAUUUGAGAACUCAUCAAAUAUCAGAAAAAUCCCGACAUAAAUGCAACAUUUGUGAUGAAACAUUUACAUCUUCUCCUGAAUUAGCAAAUCACAAACUGAGCCAUUGCAAGAUUAUUGAGAGUAACAUGUGUGUGCCUUGCAAAACAAUAAUAUUAGAUGAAGAGUCAUUUGUGAAACAUCAACUUAAGCAUAGCGAUAAUUCGAAGUCAACUGCCAAACUCAAUUUAAUCUUGCCUUCGAUUUGCAUAGUUUGUGGCCAAACAUUGCAAAGCGACAAAGAAAUUGAAUUACAUGCUAAAUUUCAUUUAAAAUUCUUGUCCGAACAAACAAGAAGUAAAACAUGCAAGUCACCUUUUCCCGAAGAAAUCGUUCCGUCGAAUAGUGAAACAUCGACAACGGAUUUUAGAGGUACUCUAGAUGCAACUUUAGAACUUCAAUGUCAUCUAUGCAAAAAAUCAUUUUCCGACAAAGGACAGCUUCAAGUUCACUUAAUAGAGCAUAACUUCUUUGGAAUAAACCAAUUCAGUUGUUACAUUUGUUCUUCCGUAUUUACAGGAGCUGCUGGUCUCCAAAGUCAUCUUUCAAAUCAUAAUCUGGCUGAAAAACCUUAUCAAUGUUCCGUGUGUUCCGCAGGUUUCCUUUUUAGAGCUGAACUGGAUAAUCAUAAAUAUUUACACAGUUUUAAAUUGCAAUUUGACUGCUUGAGUGACGAAUCAAUAUCGCAGGCCCGGCACUUUACCAAUGCUUGGGUUGCUAGGGAAAUAUCCACAAGCGAAUCUCAUUAAGUUCAAUUUAAAUAUUUUUUAAUAAAUAUUCAGUUAGUAGAUACCUACUAAACACUUAUUAUAAAAAUUUAAUUGUGGUUUGUGUCACAAAUAAUUUAACGCCUAAAAAUCGGUGCUACAAAUUUACAAGGUUACUUUUCUAUGUUGCAAAUUCUUUGUUAACUUCACGUAUGUUGAACAAAUAUUAGUUGGAUUAUUGGAACAAAUUGAUUAUUAUAAUGUGAAAGGUUUUCUAUUAUUAUAUUGUGGAAUGUUUUCUAUCAUUAAAUUUUGGUUAUAUUCUGGCCGAGUUUUUGUACAUUUUGUUUUUUGUUGUUAUUUCAGAUUAUUAUGUAAGUACUUAACUAAUAACUAAUGUAUAUUAUAUUUCAAUUUUUUUCUGUAUUGUUUCAAAUGCACUUAUACUGUAUCCACUUACUGUUAUUGGCUAUGAGGUUUUGUAAAAAAAAAAAUAUGGACAGGUAUUUUUCCAAAUCAUGCAUUGUUGGAGACUGUUAUAGACUAAUCUAUAUAUCUAUAGCUUUUAUUGUAAAAUGUUUUUGAAUAAAUGUAUGUUAUAA